UUGAAUUGGACAAUUUUAAGUCUGAAAUUCGAGCAGCCCAGCUUUUGAUCUCCAUUGAUGCAUUGGACCCAAUAUAAUCUUUGCUUUGUCCAUUGACAGUUAAGGCUCUUGUUCAUGGCGGUAAAACCAACUUUGAAUCGAAACAUCCAAGAACACAAAUUACAGGUUCUAAAUCCCUCGAAAAAGAACCCCGAAAUUAUAAUCAUCAGAUUCCAUUUCUUUUUGAAAUCUUGAUUGUUUAAAAGCUUUUAAAAACAGCUCAUCGUCUUCAAUGAUACAACAAACAAUAGCCAACGCUUCAAGUUAUCACCUUCUUUUUUCUAUUAGAUUUAAAGAAUCAUGGAAAACUUGCAAGCUGGGGUUAUUUUGAAUCUUCUUUCAGACAUGGGUGUUCAAGAAAAAACAGUUAUCGAUGACAAUGAUGGUGAUUGUAAGGAACCUGCUGCAUUGUUACAGAUUGUAUGCAUAAUCCCAGUGUUGUCAGAAAGUGAUGAUCUUUGGCCUAAACAAGGCUUUUUCAUUAAAGUUUCAGAUUCAACCCACGAACUGUUUGUUUCUUUGCCUCAAGAACAAGAUGAAAUGAUUCUAAACAACGAGUUGCAGAUUGGGCAGUUCAUAUAUGUGGAGAAAUUGGAGUCUGCCUAUCCAGUUCCAUUGCUGAAAGGGUUAAGGCUAAUACCAGGGAGACAACCAUUUGAUAGGGAUCCCAAACAUCUUGUUGGCAAUAACAUAAUGGACGCGUUUUCUCAAACAUCAUCGCCAUUGUUGAUCCAACGAAGAACUGAAAGGGCUCGAUCUAUAAGUCCUUGUACGGUACCCUUAAGGGACCGAAGGGCUAGUACAGGGCGUCAAAACUGUAGGACCAAGACCAAUGGCCUUAAUAUUCAAGGUUUUGACAUGGGUUAUUCAAGGAAGAAACAGGAUUUAAAUGGUUCAGGUUGCAGUAGAAGAAGCUGGUGCGAGACUGCAAAAGGCUCCACAGUUGUGAAGCAUGAGAUAAUCCAUGUUUGCCAUACUCCUAAUUCUCAUGUAAGUCUUCUUUUUAGUCCUUUUUCUCUCUAUCAACAUUGUAGUCAGGGCAAACUUGGCUAUCAACUAUUUAAGGAUUCAGCAUUUAGGUCUGCUGGAUUUGUCAGCUUCCAUGAUGAUAAUUCAAAUACCAGAUUAAGAACAAAAGAUGUUGGUCAAUUUUCAAAACCAGUCAAAAAUACAAGCAAAAGUUGGAACUCUUCAUCAGCAAGAACUAGUAAGGAGCCUUUGACUGACUCAAGGAAAAAAGCUUCAUCCAAUAACAAAAUAUGGGCAGAAACUGAGAUGUUAUGGGAUACCCUUCCUUCUUCCUUGGUCAAACUUGGGAAGGAAGUACUAAGGCAAAGAGAUGUCUCUUUGCUUGCUGCUGUUGAUGCUUUGCAAGAAGCUGCUGCUAUUGAGAGAUUGCUCAAGUGCUUAAGGUAAGGAAAUGUAAACUUGUAAACAGUCUUUGCUUUAUUCUGAGUCCUCAUUUUUCUUUAAGUAUCCAUAUCUGAUGAAUAUCUGCAAAUGGUUUCGGGAGCACUUAUACACGAGUCCAAGUAAUGUACUUCUAGCUAUUGAAUC